AUGGCGAGAAGCAUUAAUUCAGAUUAUAUUGAUUUCUCACAUAUGGGUGGAUUCGACAUGGACAUCGAUUUUAACGGAUUUGAGGAAAAUGUGAAAAAGUUAAUGGAGCUCCCGAUCAAGUAUCUUGAUUCGGCUCAUGAUAAGGCUGUUGAAUUCAUUGAAGAUGUUCAUGCAAUAUUUUAUGGUCCCUUUACUGAUGAUGAGGUGCCAAAUAACGAUGAUUGCUAUGUUAUCACUGAAUCUUCACCAACAUCUAUUGAAAAGGAGCUAGUUGGACCAAACACUGAACCCUCAACUCCUGCAUCCUUCAUUACCAUGGAGAACAGUUCUACUGGCUGUGAUACUGAUGCUCAUCAAACUGAAUCAUUUUCAACAAAAAGUACAGGUUUAUCCUUGAUGAAUCAUGUGUACCCAGAAAAUAAUUCAUCUGAAGGAACUCAUAUCGAAUCAAAUGAUCUUUGUAUUUUGCCUGUGGACAUCUCAACAACUAGAAUAUAUGAACUUACCACCAUACCUCAAGAUGAUCAUGCACCUCAUGCUUUGGAAACAGAAGUGACAGUGCAAGUUGGACUCAACUGUUCUGGACAUUCAGGCAAAUACCUUGUAACCUCAUUUUAUCCUUAUCUAUAA